CCACUAACCUGCGCCUAUCCUCGUCUUCCUCAGAACCUUACCCAACCAACAUAACUGAAUAAGCUACCAAACACAGAAACACUCCCUCCAACUCAACCAACCUUAUCCUUCACCCCCACAGCGCAAUGGAGCCCAACGCUCUCACUCUCACUAACCUACGCUUGUCCACCACCUGUUCGACAAAAUUCCCCAGAGACCAAAACCAGACGAACACACCAAAAUCUUAUGCCCAAAUACCGAAACGAAGCCCCGGACCCGUCUCAAAAGGGCUCCAGAAGGACUCCAAGAAGGACUUGUCUCGGAUUCUGAGAACUGAUGCUGCUAUCAAAGGCAUAGCGAGGAAAGCCAACUCGAGAAAGUACACACAGUUGUGGCCUAAAGCUGUUCUGGAGGCCUUGGAUGAGGCUAUCAGAGAGAAUCAGUGGCAGACUGCUCUUAAGAUUUUUGGAUUGCUUCGUCAGCAACAUUGGUAUGAUGCAAGAUGCCAAACGUACACAAGGUUGUUAGUGAUGCUUGGCAAGUGCAGGCAACCUGAGCAGGCAAGCUUGCUGUUUGAGAUCCUGUUGUCUGAAGGGCUCAGACCUACUGUUGAUGUCUACACUGCUCUUCUAAGUGCUUAUGGGCAAAGUGGCUUUCUUGACAAGGCUUUAUCCACUCUUGAUGAUAUGAAAUCGGUGUCUGAAUGCAAACCAGAUGUAUAUACAUAUUCCAUUCUUAUUAAUUGUUGCACUAAAUUUUGUCGUUUUGAUCUGAUUGGACAAAUUCUUGCUGAGAUGUCAUUUCUGGGGAUCGAGUGCAGCACUGUGACAUACAAUACUAUUAUAGACGGAUAUGGUAAGGCAGAAAUGUUUGAACUAAUGGAGAACACAUUGACAGAUAUGAUUGAAAGUGAAACCUGCCUUCCUGAUGUUUUCACGUUAAAUACUUUAGUUGGGGCUUAUGGGAAUAGCGGGCAGAUCGAGAAAAUGGAGAAGUGGUAUGAUGAAUUUCGGCUAAUGGGGCUAAAGCCAGACAUUAAGACAUUCAAUAUUCUGAUCAAAUCAUAUGGUAAAGCGGGCAUGUAUGAGAAGAUGAGGUCUGUUACGGAUUAUAUGGAGAAGAGGUUUUUCUCUCCAACAACCGUUACUUUUAAUACAGUCAUUGAUGUAUUUGGAAAAGCUGGAAAUAUUGAGAGGAUGGAUGCAUACUUCAAGAAAAUGAAGCAUCAGGGAAUAAAGCCCAACUCUAUUACCUACUGCUCUCUUGUUAGAGCUUACAGUAAAGUUGGGCUUAUAACAAAAGUUGAUUCAAUUUUGAGACAAGUAGAGAAUUCUGAUGUAAUACUAGAUACCCCUUUCUUUAACUGCAUUAUCAGUGCAUAUGGUCAGGCUGGUGAUGUGGAAAAGAUGAGAGAGUUGUUCUUGGAAAUGAAAGAGAGAGAAUGCAAACCUGAUAAUAUCACCUUUGCUACCAUGAUCCAAGCUUACCAUGCACAAGGCAUGACUGAGGCUGCUGAAAAAUUGGCGAAUAAGAUGAUUGCCACCAAAAAGAGCACUGGCACAAGGUUGAUUGGUCACUAACAUGACAUAGUACUUUGGAAGAGCAAGCUUCACUAAUAGACAGUACAUAUGUCCAAAGGUGGUCAGAUCUUGGAAAGAAUUAUACCUUCCUUGUAACCAGCACUGUCUCGGGCAUGUCCAUGAGAAUACAUUACCAUAGGUUAAUGGUGAAGGUAAAUUUGACAGUGCACGCAUGAUGGAAAUUUCAAGGGGUAGGACAGGGGAAGGGAGAGUGUAUGUGCAUGUAUGAUUGGAGCAACCUCUUUCUAAUUGGGGCAUGGAAAAUUCAAAUUGAAGGGUAGCUUCUAUAUGUGUGAUAGGAGCAGGCAUGCUUGAACUCAUGUUCAUGCUAUGAACGUACUGUAAUGGCAACUUAUAGAUCGAUGGGGGGCAUGAUGAGAGAGGACAGAACUUAGAAGGACUUGCAGUGAAUGCAUUUGUGACUAGGACGUAGAACACACUUUGCUGCAUGCAUCAAAGACAAAUGACACCGACAAUGAGAAAUGAUUUGGUCUGAGGUUGAAGGUGUUGCACUUGCAGCAGUGACAGGAAGACUAAAAAGGCCAUUCAGGUUGGUGCCAUGGGACGUAUAUUUAACAGAAGUUCAGGCAUAGUGAUGCAAGUGCGUAAAAAUUUUUACCCUGCCAACCCCAAAUAUUUGAAAACAUGUUUUUGUACAAUUCAUUACCCCAAGAUAAAUUAAGAAAAAGGUUUUCUGUACA